GCGUCGCGAGGCGGGGCAGAGGAGCGUUGUCGGUAGUGCUUUAGCCUUGUGUCCCCGGCCGCCGCCCCAGCUGUUCCACGGCGUCUGGCUUUCGUCUGUUUUUAGAGAGUACACGUGACGACCAGGGUUUCAGGGAGUCUCACAGCAGCCAAACGUCUCCGCUGAGCCGCCUAGUCUAGCAGGCGGCUCUUUUCGACUGGUACAGGUUGCGGGGAAGAUGGCGCCGGCGCCUCUAGGCGUCCGGGAGGAGCAGCUGUUGGGGUGUGGGUCCGGACCCCUUUCCCGGAUCCUCUUCCUCGCCCAGGCGGUCCUCCUGCUGCCCGGCGCCCAUGCAGGCCCCUGCCCCGCACCCUGCUCCUGCAACGUUCCUCUGCUGGACUGCAGUCGCAGGAAGCUGCCCGCGCUGAGCUGGAGGGCGCUGUCGGGCCCACUGCCCCCCGACACAACCAGCUUGGAUUUGAGUCAUAAUCGAUUAUCUAACUGGAACAUCAGCUUGGAAUCACAAACAUUGGAGGAAGUGAAAAUGAAUUACAAUGAGUUAACAGAAAUCCCAUAUUUUGGAGAACCAACAUGUAAUAUUACUCUGCUUUCAUUAGUCCAUAAUUUAAUCCCAGAAAUAAUUCCAGAGGCAUUCCAGUUUUAUCCUGCUCUUGAGAGUUUAGACCUCAGCUCAAAUAUAAUAUCAGAAAUUAAGACAUCUUCAUUUCCCCGAAUGCAGCUUAAAUACCUGAAUUUGAGUAAUAAUAGGAUAACUACCUUGGAAGCUGGUUGCUUUGAUAAUUUAUCAAGUUCCUUAUUAGUGGUAAAGUUAAACCGGAACCGAAUUAGCAUGAUUCCACCUAAGAUCUUCAAGCUGCCUCACCUCCAGUUCUUAGAACUAGAACACAAUAAUCUUACACGAGUGAACAAGGGUUGGUUAUAUGGCUUGCGAAUGUUACAGCAGCUGUAUGUGAGCCAGAAUGCUAUUGAAAAAAUCAGCCCUGAUGCAUGGGAAUUCUGCCAAAGACUAUCUGAACUUGAUUUGUCCUAUAACCAGCUGACCCGCCUGGAUGAAUCUGCCUUUGUGGGUCUAAGUUUAUUGGAGAGAUUGAAUUUAGGGGACAACAGAGUCACUCACAUUGCCGAUGGUGUAUUUAGGUUUCUUUCCAAUCUUCAGACACUAGACUUAAGAAACAAUGAAAUUUCAUGGGCCAUAGAAGAUGCUAGUGAAGCCUUUACUGGACUCACAAGUCUCACUAAAUUAAUCUUACAAGGAAACCAGAUUAAGUCAAUUACAAAGAAAGCAUUCAUUGGUCUUGAAUCCCUUGAGCAUCUAGAUUUGAACAACAAUGCUAUAAUAUCUAUCCAAGAAAAUGCUUUUUCUCAGAUUCACUUGAAAGAACUGAUUCUGAACACAAGCAGUUUGCUCUGUGACUGUCAUUUGAAAUGGUUACUUCAGUGGCUGGUUGAUAAUAACCUUCAUCAUUCUGUAAAUGUAAGCUGUGCACAUCCUGAAUGGCUGGCAGGGGAAAGCAUCCUGAAUGUGGAUCUAGAAGAUUUCGUCUGUGAUGAUUUUCUAAAGCCACAGAUAAGGAUACAUCCUGAAACCACAGUUGCUCUACGGGGUAUUAAUGUGACGCUGACCUGUACUGCAGUGAGCAGCAGUGAUUCGCCGAUGUCCACGGUGUGGCGCAAAGACAGUGAAAUCCUAUAUGACGUGGAUAUUGAGAAUUUUGUUCGUUAUCAGCAGCGAGCUGGAGAAGCUCUGGAACAUACUAGUAUCUUACAUCUUUUCAAUGUGAAUUUCACAGAUGAAGGAAAAUAUCAGUGUAUUGUUACUAAUCACUUUGGUUCCAAUUAUUCUCAGAAAGCCAAACUAACUGUGAAUGAGAUGCCAUCUUUCCUGAAAACUCCAAUGGACCUAACUAUUCGCACUGGUGCCAUGGCCAGAUUAGAAUGUGCUGCAGAGGGGCACCCUGCACCUCAAAUUUCCUGGCAGAAAGAUGGUGGCACUGACUUUCCCGCUGCUCGAGAAAGACGGAUGCACGUCAUGCCAGAGGAUGAUGUCUUCUUCAUUGCCAACGUGAAAAUAGAAGACAUGGGAAUCUAUAGCUGCAUGGCACAAAACAUAGCAGGAGGCCUCUCAGCAAAUGCUUCACUAAUAGUGCUAGAGACACCCUCAUUUAUUAGGCCUCUGGAAGACAGGACAGUAACCCGGGGUGAAACAGCCGUGUUACAGUGUAUAGCUGGAGGGAGUCCCGCCCCUCGCCUCAACUGGACUAAAGAUGAUGGCCCGCUGCUGGUGACAGAACGACACUUCUUUGCUGCAGCCAACCAGCUUCUCAUCAUUGUGGAUGCUGGGCUAGAAGAUGCUGGGAAAUACACUUGCAUUAUGUCUAACACUCUUGGGACAGAACGCGGUCACAUUUACCUACAUGUCAUUUCAUCCCCCAACUGUGAUUCCUCUCAGAGUAGCAUUGGGCAUGAAGAUGAUGGCUGGACCACAGUUGGCAUUGUCAUCAUUGUUGUGGUCUGCUGUGUUGUGGGCACCUCUUUGAUCUGGGUCAUUGUUAUUUACCACAUGAGAAGGAAAAAUGAAGACUAUAGCAUCACAAACACAGAGGAGCUCAAUCUGCCUGCAGACAUUCCCAGCUACUUGUCUUCUCAAGGAACACUGUCUGAGCCACAGGAAGGCUACAGCAACUCUGAGGCAGGCAGUCAUCAGCAGCUUAUGCCUCCUGUCAGUGGGUACAUGCACAGAGGCACCGAUGGUGGCACUGGUACCCGGGUGAUCUGCUCAGAUUGCUAUGACAAUGCCAACAUUUACUCAAGGACUCGAGAAUACUGUCCAUACACCUAUAUCGCUGAGGAGGAUGUUCUAGAUCAGACACUCUCCAGUCUCAUGGUCCAGAUGCCCAAAGAGACAUUUUUGUCAUGUCCUUCCCAAGAUGCCGCUGCCUUGGAGAACUUAGUAUCAUUGGCAGACAGAGAGCUGUCUGCCUUUCCCACCAACCACGAGAGGAUAAGUGAAAAGAAACCUCCCUCCACACAGAUGAGCAAUGAAACAUUGCAGCAGCCUCUGUGGAGCACAAACAGAGAAGCAGGCCUGCCUUGUCCUCCCUUUCCCCAGCAGCCAGCCCUUAAGUCACCACAGCUGCAUCAGAAUGAGGACCUGGCAGAGAGAGAGCCAGACUGUUCUUCCCCCAUGCCCUGCCACAGGUUACAGGACCAUGCUUUUGACUUUAGUAGGACUCGGAACAUUCAAAGUGGUAGUGAGGACACAUGAAACCCAUACCAGAAUGAAAUUUGGGCAGAGACUCAAGUUAAUUAAUUUUGUAUUUACUACCUCACAAUUGAGAAGAACCUCAAAGUCAGCAUUUGCUGUACUCUUGUUUAUGAUUACAUCUGACCACACCAAGGUAGGCCUGAUGUAUGUUUGGGCUUACGCUUGACAAGGAAAGGGGAGCGGCUGACAGAAGUGAGAAUAUGUGGCACUGGAGAGGAAGAUGUGGAGCCCGUGUGUCUCCUGUGGUCCACGGGGGUGUGCCAGGUGCGCACUGCCCAUCAGGAAGCGACUCAUUGCUGCUUAACCUGCUGGAUUUUCCUAAUUUGCAGACUGUGAAAACGUCACCACUUUGAUGUUCCACUUUGCCCUCCAGGGAGCAGAAAUAACUUCGGAGCCCUCUAGGACGUGUACCUGGGGUCAUUCAGUGGGUUUAAGCAGGUAGCUGAGACCAGGGCUUUGAUAUUCAAGGUCCUUGGCAAGAAUCCCAGGUUUGACCAGCUGGUACCAGGUCAAAGGUUUUUGUAUUCUUGUGAAUUAUUAUUAGUUUUUGUCCCUAUUGCCCAGGGAUCUCACUGUAAAUAUAUGUGCAUUUAUAAAUAAUUUUUCUAUUCCUUGACUGUGUGUUGGUGGCAAUGUAAAUAUUUUUGAUAUGCCAAAAUUAUAUAUAAUGUCUAGUUAUUGUGAGUAGCUUCUUAGAUCAGAGAGUUUGUAUAACUAAAGUGAGAUCUAAAAACUUUGUUUAAAGAAAAAACUUUGUUGGGGCCAGGGAUUUAGCUCAGUGGUGAUGCCACCUGCCUCGCAAGCUCAAGGUCCCGAGUUCGAUCCCCGGUACCAAAAAACAAAACAAAACAAAGAAAAAACUUUGUUUAAAGUUCUGAAAACUUACUGUUAAGAAGUAUAUGUAUAGAGGCAGAGUACUUAGUGAUUGCAUACACACAGACACAAUCUUGGUGUAAUUAACUGCUUCCUUCAUGCCUAAACGUUCACUUUCCUAGUCAUUUGUCAUCUGUGUACAAGUGCCAGGCAAGAUUCCCUUUGUAGCGUAAAAAGUCUUGCUCUUUCAGAGCCUGACGAUUUGUCAUUGCUAUAUGAACCAGAAGACUUAUUUUAGGACUUUUUUCAGCAAAUUACUUCAUUGACACGGAAACCAAAGAUUGCUGCUUUUCUUCUUAUUUGUUUGUUUUUAAUUUCUCUUUACAAGUGCACAGCAUAUCUUGGAAGGGAAGAGUCCUCUUGAGAAUAGAACGUACAUAAAUUUUUAUACUAUAAAGCUUUGGAAUGUUCCUUGUUUUGUCAUGUGAUUGUUUAAGCCAAAAAGUUUUCUUGAAUUUCUGAUCAAAGAACUUUAUGUAAACAAAGAACUUAACACUUUGAUGAAAUGUGAUGGACAUUCUUCUUGCUUUCAAAUUUCCUUACGUAGGCUGUUCAAUUUUAUCUUCUAAAUCUAAUAUUAGGCUUUUACUAGAUAACUUUACUCUCUUAAAUAAAAACAUUUAAGUCCUUAUGCAUUUCCAGGGUUCUAAACUCACAUAAUUUCUCAGCAUUUUAUCAGAAAGUUUAGCUGAAUUUUAUAUUCUUUCUCUGGACAGCAGUACCUUUCUUUUUCUUCUUUGAACUGCCUUCUUUGACUCUGUUCAUUUACACUGUGAAUUUUUUCUUUCUUUUUUUGAUGGUACUGGGAAUUGAACCAAGAACACACUGAGCUAUAUCCCCAGCCCUUUUUUGAUUUUUAUUCUGAGACAGAGUCUCACAAAACUGCCCAGACUGGGCUAGAACUUUGCGAUCUUCUUGCCUCAGGCUCCCAGAGUGUUGGGAAUACAAAAGUCCCUUCAAUCUGCAGUCCUCCUUUUUACUAAGUUAUAAUGAUAGUUUGUCCUGGACUGACUGGGAAUUAAGAAACUUCUCACUUUCUCACCGUGCUCCCUACUAGCUGUGUAAUCUAGAGCAGGUCUUUUUACUUCUCUAGGCCCAUUUUUCUCAUUUAGGAAAUGAGGCCCUUUACUAGAUGCUUUUAGAGCCCCCUCCAGCUGUAACAUUAUCUGAAUCUGCAAUUCCCUACAGGAACCAAAGAGGAUUAUGCUACUUUAAUAAAAAGCUGCUUUCAUGAAAUAUUUGUUAGCAUAGAAUAAGAGUGUUGCUGCUUGCUCUAAAUUGAGCCGGGUUUAUUUCCUCUGUAGCAGGAAUAAUGGUCUAAGAAAUACUCAUAAGGCAAAAAAAAAAUCUCUGCUUUUCUGCGUGUGUGUGUGUGUAACCAAGGCUUGAACCCAGGGCCUUCACACUGAGCUACAUAUCCAGCCUGUAAAUUUUUUUUUUUUUAAUAUUGAAAUAGGAUCUGGCUAAACCUAGACUGGGCUUGUUUAAAAUCUUCCUGCUUCAGCUUCCCCAAGUGGUGGGAUUAUAGUGAGCCACCACGACUGGCUAAUACUCUGCUUCUAAGAGUAUCUAUCCGUAAACCUAAAGAAUCUUGUCUCGGGUGAAAACUCAGUUGCUUUCUAGAGCAGCAGCUUUCCAGAGUGUCAGGAUCUGCUGAGGAGUGUGCGCAGCGAAUCCGUGGUGAGUGUGUGCCUCACUGAGCUUUCUGGUGUAGUCAGCGUCACAGUACACUCACUCAGAUUCAAAUGGAUCCUUCUGAAUGGGAAGUGUGGAGUUAUGGCUGGGUGACCAGAGACCACACCCAUGAGCCUCAGCUGUCAGGUGUGAGAGAGCAGGAGAUAGGCUAUGAGCCAGCAUUCUAGAAACUUCUCAUCCAGGAGCACCACCUCCAUCUACCAGCAGUGGUCUUUCCACACCAGUGGUGUCAGGCUGGACUCCCGAAGGUUCAGGUUAUUCUCCAGGACGUCAGCUCUGGUGGUUGAAACAUCCUCCACAGGUACUCCUAGCUUGCUUCAAAAACUAGUCAGGAAACUGUCUAAAUGUGAAGAGCCUACUCUGGUCUUAAUAGCAUAAAUUCUAAUGCCAAGACAAGAAAUUUCUCAAACAUCUUUAUUGCAUAUGUUUUUCACCAAGCAAAAUAUUGACUUAGUGACUCAUCAGUGUUUCUUCCCAGCAGUACAACACCUAAUAUUAAGUUAAUCGGGGACGUUGCAAAGCAGGGCAGACUUGAAAGGCUGAAAUACUGCCUUGCUGCCCAGUUACCACUUCACUGAACACAUAGAUGCUUGUUGUUUGUGCCCCUCUUAAGCUGCUUCUCCAAGCCUGCCUGGAAAAAGAAGUAGCACUUUCUUUGAGUGCCAAGCCUUAACUGGCAGUCUGAAUCUACACCUAAGCUAUUGGCUCUCUGUCACUCAUCAUCUUCUAAGUACUUUCCCUCAAAUGCAAGCUAUCUGUAGAAGAGGUAUCAGAAACCCAGUCCAAUGUACAGUUGCCCCUGAAGUGGCACCUCUGGUUUAAAUGCACAUUUUCCUGUAAUGUUCAUGUUGCCUGCACAUCCCCAGCUGAGAGGUUGUAAGAGGGACACUAGGCUAUCAAUUUAGACUGGUUACCCAUUUUCCUAUGAAAGGGAGCUAUGAAUAAUAGUCUUAGAGGUGGUCAUAUGAAAGGACAGGAGUUAUCUACAUGGUGGUGUGUAUACACCUGCUGGUAAUUCUGUAUAAUCUAACAAAUACAUUUAUCUGACAGUUGGAAUAGUCAGGAUUUCAGGGAAAAAUAUAUGCAGAAGCUAACUAAGCAUCUGUUAAUAGUGUUGAAGAGAGUUCUGCUUGAGGUGGAAAAUGGACAAGAUGACUUUUAAGGUCUUUUUCAAUUUUGUCAUUGGAAAUAUCCAAAUGCAAUCUGAUAGUCUUAAAACCUUUGUCCUCUAAAAUCUUAUGUAUUCAAUUUAGAGUAUUUCAGAUUUUUUUUUUUCUUCUGGUACCGGGGAUCAAACUUGGGUCCUUCCGCUUGAGAGGCAGGUGGGGGAACCACUGAGCUAAAUCCCCGGCCCUCAGAUUUUUUUUUAACUAAAGAACUUUGGAGCAGGGUUGACAAAAGUGACAUGAAGGACCCCAGUUGAAAUGGAAUUGGAAUUCUGGUGUUCAGGUCUUUUUUCUUUUCAUUAUUUAGAGAAUACUUUAUAUCUACAGAAAUGCUAGAGGGGUAAGGGAGCAACAGAGGUGAUAAGUUUGCUGUUGGGUGUUUAUUUUUUCUUUUUUAUUCCCAGUGCUGGGGACUAAAACGAGAGCCUCAUGCAUGCCAAGCAUGUGCUCCACCACUGAGCUAUACCCUCAGCCCCAAAUUUGCUUUCAUUUUAUGGUCCAUUUUUAAUCUUUCUUGUUGCAGAUCAUAGAGGCAAUAGUGAAAACAAUUGGACCUUAGGAGGUUGAGCUAAGUCUUCUUUUUGGCAGCCUGCAAGUAAUUAUUUUCUAUUAUAUGAUCUCUUUCCCAGUUCAAUUUGGUUUGUUUGGAGUAUAAUCUAAAUCAACAUUAGUUACCCUUGGAUGUCUUUCUCUUUUGGACAACUGCCUGGUUCACUGACAAAAGUACUAGUUCUGAAUUAAGAGAUGUACUGUGUUAUGAACUGUAUUUAACAUUUGAAAACCCCAGCAUCAUCUUGAGGGUUUGUGGAAGAGAGAGGUGUGUGUGUGUGUGUGUGUGUGUGUGAUGCUAGGGAUCAAACGCAGAGCCUUGUAUGCAGUGCUAGGCAAGCACUGCACCACAGAGCUACAUCUCCAGUCCCUGGGAGGGUGUUUUAAGAGUUAAGAUUGGUGGGGCUGGGGAAUUGACUCAGGGGCACCAUGCCUACCUGGCAAUGCAAGGUCCUGAGUUCAGUUUCUGGUACCACAAAGACAAAGUUAAAAUUGGACCCACUCCUUCAAGAUUGUUUCUCAGCAGUCCUAAUAAUCUCCAAGGGGUGGGGCGAAGCCGAAGAGCAGCUUGACUUGUUAGUGCCUGUUUCUAGAUGUAAGGAGUAAAGUGUUCUUGUAAAAAGUGUAACCGUUUUUUGUGUUUUUUUUGGUACCGGGGAUCGAACUCAGGUCCUUGUGCUUGCUAGGCAGCCAGUGGAACCACUGAGCUAAAUCCCCGGCCAAAAGUGUAACUGUUUUGAAUGAAGUUGAUCAAGUGGUCCAGUGCUCUUGAAAUAUUUCUUGACUGCUUAAUGUGUCUUCUUGGUCCAUAAAGAAACUUCCUUCUUCGUCUACUCUCUGUUCUCUCUCUCUUUCCCCCCAUUAGAGGAUGUCAGUCUGAGCAGCCCUGGAUUAGACAUCCCUAAAGAGAAGUAUAACAAAGUUGUUGUUCAGUGUGGCUCUUUCCUGGUAUCUGUAUUUUCUCAUGCAUAAGAAUGUAUAUUUUAUAGAGCAUGUGUUUUUGUUUGUCUCCUGUAGUAUGUCUCAAUAAAGCUCAGAAUACAUUAUAA